AUCAUAUAUAUUUUUUCAGUGAUUUUUUCAGUUAUUUGUCACGUGCAAGGGCGGUCGCUCAGUCAUUCAAGAUGGCGACUGGUGGUCAAACUGCGGAUGAAGAGGAUGCCACGGAAUUACAGUUCCCUAAAGAAUUUGAAAGUGCUGAAUCAUUAUUGAACUCUGAAGUGUACAUGUUACUAGAACAUCGUAAAACCCAAAAUGAGAGUGCAGAGGAGGAGCAAGAACUCUCUGAGGUGUUUAUGAAAACUCUAGGAUAUACCCAGAAGUUUAGCCGUUACAAGAACAGAGAAACUAUAGCACAAGUUCGAAGUUUGCUUGGAAAGAAGAAACUACACAAGUUCGAGCUGGCCUGUCUAGCUAACCUGUGCCCAGAGACAGCUGAGGAAGCCAAGGCACUUAUCCCAAGUCUGGAGGGAAGAUUUGAAGAUGAUGAUCUCCAGCAGCUUUUAGAUGACAUCCAAACUCACAGAAGCUUUCAGUAUUAAUAGCAGUGCAUAAUCUAUAGGCUUUUAACUCUAUUUAUUGAUCCAUAACGCGAAUCUACAGGACAUUUACUGACAAUUCUUUCUAGAACUACCAUAGUUCAUUCUCGAACUACCAUAGUUUAUUCUAGAACUACUAUAUUCUACCAUCACUGUUAAGUCGUAUUGUGGACUAUUGCUGUGAUUGUCAAAAGCCCAAUAGUAUAGAGAAGUUGUAGUUUUAUAUCAUGGAAGUUGAUUGCAUGGUAUCUGAUACUGUAAAUGAGAUAGUCAUGGCCAUGGAGUGAUAGGUCAGUGUUUUCAAGCGUACAUGGAUUAUAUUAAAGUCAGUAUUUUUAUUCAA